AAUAGCAACGCUUUCUUUUGCUGCUGAUCUGGUCACUAACUGCUCGACUCUGAUAUUUCAUGGCUACUGCUGCUGAUCACCCACUCUUACUGCACCCGGGGAAGGCUCCUACUCAGCUUAGAUUCCGGUCGCGGGCCGUUGGAUCCGCCGAGACUCCUCUGUCGUCUAUCACUCCGCACGAUGACCCGCUGAGGAUCCUCGCCCCUGCUCAGAAGAAACUCAACACCAUCGAUUCUCAACGUGUCCUGGCUAUUGUCAACGAUACUUCUCGGCGGCUGGAAUCCGCACUGAUCAUUCCGUCUCUGGUGGCGGUGGAGCACCACCUCUCCGUCCCUCUAGGCUCGGAACUAAUGUCUCUUCUGCAGGAAUACAAAGGCGCAAUUUCUGAGUUAUCCACCCUCCAAAAGACAAUAGAAGGCUCUUCAUCGUUGCUUGCUUGUAGCUUUCCCAGUAACUGUAGUAGUGUCAAGAGCGCGGAGUUAGAGAGUGGGCUCCUCCCAGUGAGUAGCAUGGAAGAGAGGAGACUGCACUGCCUACGGAACACAAUUCGACAUUGUGUCAAGUCAAUCCUCAGAGCACUGUCCACGAACCCAUCCAUCCUCCAGGGAGUUCACCGUGAGAAGGUCCUAUCCCAUGCCAAACUGAUGGAGGGUUUCCAGGGGCUGUGCUCUGUGUCCAAUGAGAUGCUGCUCACGACCAGGACAGAGGAGGUGAAGAGGAAGGAGCACCUCCAGCUAGUGGCGGCUAGAAGACUCUCCAUGGAAGAGAAUAUCAACAAACUGGAAGCUGAGCUCACAGUUGCUCAGUCACAGAAAGAUAAAGAGGUAUCAGAGAAGAGAAGUCAAAUCAAUCAAUUGCGUGGUACAGUCAUGUCUGUGGCGACCGCUGCACAAGACACAGCACGGAAGAUCCACUCUGAGGCCAAGAAGCAGCAGAGCCAGGCAGAAACAGCUCACUCCACCACCAAGACCAAGCUGGAAGAGGAGAUUGGCUCUGUAAAGAAACAGCUGCAGGACUCUGUGGCAGAGGACAAGGAGAGAGAGCAGGAGACACGAAAGAAAACCUUCAAGAGAGAACUUGAAGUGGAGAACUGGAUAAAGAAGUACGAUGAAGAGAUGGGAGAGAAGCAGGUGUGGUGGAGCUUGUGUGUUCCUGGGUUCCAUGUGCUUGCCACACAUGCACCUCACUUUCUGCAGGACGAGCUUGAAAUGUUGGAAGAGCAGUUUACGGAAGAGAAGAAGCAGUUAAAAGAGCUGGAAGAGAAACUCGGGGUAAUACAACAUUGGAGUAUCACAGAUCCUCAAUGGACUCCUUUGGUUUCUGUUUUCCCAGAUUCUGAAGCUAAAGUACGAUGCGGCCAUAAAGGAACAGGAGGAGGCUCGGCUGAAAGCAGAGCAAGAGGCGCAGGAGAGGGAGAGAAAGACAAAGGCUGCUUCUAGAAUCCAGAGAUGCUGGAGGGCUCACCAUAAGAGAAAGCUGGAAGCUAAGCUGGCCCAGAAGGGCAAGAAGAAAGGGAAAGGCAAGGGAAAGGGGAAGAAGAAAAACUGACACAUAACUUACAUACAGCUUUUUUGGACUCUG